GCAAGCAAACGACUCAGCGAGCGCCCUCGGGGGGCCUCCGACGAGCCCGCGGACCUCCCAGGCCGAUCGCCCUCCCUCUGCGCGCGCGGGUUCCGGGCCCGGCGAGAGGGCGCGAGCGCAGCCGAGGCCAUGGAGGUGACGGCGGAUCAACCGCGCUGGGUGAGCCACCACCACCCCGCCGUCCUCAACGGGCAGCACCCGGACACGCACCACCCCGGCCUCGGCCACUCGUACAUGGACCCGGCGCAAUACCCCCUGCCCGAAGAAGUGGAUGUACUUUUUAACAUCGACGGUCAAGGCAACCACGUCCCAUCCUACUACGGAAACUCGGUCAGGGCCACGGUGCAGAGAUAUCCUCCGACCCACCACGGGAGUCAGGUGUGCCGCCCCCCGCUGCUGCACGGGUCCCUGCCCUGGCUCGACGGCAGCAAAGCCCUGGGCAGCCACCACACCGCCUCGCCCUGGAACCUCAGCCCCUUCUCCAAGACGUCCAUCCACCACGGCUCCCCGGGGCCGCUGUCCGUCUACCCUCCGGCCUCCUCGUCGUCGCUGGCGGCGGGCCACUCCAGCCCGCACCUCUUCACCUUCCCGCCCACCCCGCCCAAGGACGUGUCCCCGGAUCCGUCGCUGUCCACGCCGGGCUCGGCCGGCUCGGCCCGGCAGGACGAGAAAGAGUGCCUCAAGUACCAGGUGCCGCUGCCCGACAGCAUGAAGCUGGAGGCCACGCACUCGCGCGGGAGCAUGACCACCCUGGGAGGGGCGUCGUCCUCGGCCCACCACGCCAUCACCACCUACCCGCCCUACGUGCCGGAGUACGGCUCCGGACUCUUCCCGCCCAGCAGCUUGCUGGGCGGCUCCCCCACGGGCUACGGCUGCAAGUCCAGGCCCAAGGCGCGAUCUAGCACAGAAGGCCGGGAGUGUGUGAACUGCGGGGCAACGUCUACCCCACUGUGGCGACGGGAUGGUACCGGACACUACCUUUGCAACGCCUGUGGCCUCUACCACAAAAUGAACGGACAGAACCGGCCUCUAAUCAAGCCCAAGCGAAGGCUGUCGGCAGCUAGAAGAGCAGGGACCUCGUGUGCCAACUGUCAGACGACCACCACCACCCUGUGGAGGAGGAACGCCAACGGAGACCCGGUCUGCAACGCCUGCGGGCUCUACUACAAGCUGCACAAUAUUAACAGACCCCUGACGAUGAAGAAGGAAGGCAUCCAGACCCGGAACCGAAAGAUGUCUAGCAAAUCCAAAAAGUGCAAAAAGGUGCAUGACACGCUGGAGGACUUCCCAAAGAGCAGCUCGUUCAACCCGGCAGCGCUGUCCAGACACAUGACGUCUCUGAGCCACAUCUCCCCCUUCAGCCACUCGAGCCACAUGCUGACCACCCCCACGCCCAUGCACGCGCCCUCCGGCCUCUCCUUCGGACCUCACCAUCCCUCCAGUAUGGUUACCGCCAUGGGUUAGAGCAGCAGCCCCCGCUCCGUGGGCACCGGGCUCUUGAGUGUGCAAGCGUCCCUCCCAGCCCUUCUACUCGCGUUUAUUUUUUUGCAGGAGCAGUAUCAUGAAGCCUAAACCGCGCUGGAUAUCUAUGUUUUGUUUUUGGUUUUUGUUUUUGGAAGGCAGAAAGCGAAAAUGACUUAUUUUGUCUCUUUUGCAAAGGAGCUCACGGUGGUGUCUGUGUUCUAACCACUGGAUCUGGACCCCAUCUGUGAAUAAGCCAUUCAGACUCAUCUUCCCUAUUUAACAGGGUCCCUAGUGCUGUGAAGAAAUUUUGCUGAACAUUGCAUAUAACUUAUAUUGUAAGAAAUACUGUUGUACAUUUGAGGAAGACUUUAUUGCACCUGGGUAGCUGUAAGAAAGGCAUGAAGGACGCCAAGAGUUUUAAGAAAUAUGGGGGGAAAAUAAAGUAUGGAAAUUCAGAAGAAACUAGAGCUGAUAUUCUAAUGGACAACUUGCCAGUUGUUUGAUGCAUUAAAAGAAAAAAAAAAGAAAAAAAAAGAAAAAAAAUAAGGAAAAAAAAAGAUAAAAGUUGUAGGCAAAAAUCAUUUGUUCAAAGCUAUGGGGCCUCGGCAAAGGAAAUCUCAGUUCGGGCACACAAACUGCCAUUGAGGGUUUGGAGGGUCAUUUCUAGGCCUCUUAUGCUUUGUGAAUAAGUCCCUGUAAUUGUUGUUUGUAUGUAUAAUUCAAAGCACCAAAAUAAGAAGAGAUGUAGAUUUAUUUCAUCAUAUUAUAUACAGACUGAAUUGUUGUACAAAUUUUAUUUACUGCUAGUGUUAAGAACUGCCUUUUUUUUUUUUUUUUGGUUUUCAUGUUUCCCUUUUUUUUUUUUUUUUUUUUCAAUUUUCAGUUGAAUAAACUAGAUUUACGUUCAGUUGACCUAAGGUGAUUGUGCUCUGGAGGGUUUAUUUCCCUUUCUUUUUUUUUAUUUUUUGGAUGAUAUUUAUUAAAUAGCGGUAUCUGUCUCCACCCUCACCUGCAGCCUGAGCUAUGAGCUUCCCGCAGCUUCUGAGCUAGCUACCUAUGUGCAUGUCAGCGACUCCUGGCCCCACGGGCCAUGCCCUGAGCUCAGCCUCACUUGGCUGUUAACCCCCCUAUCCUGUUCUGUGUUAGUGAUCAUUGCCUUUACACAGUCUGUUGGAAUAAUAUUAUAU